AUGUGUGUAGGUGGUGGGCUGUUUGGAUUUAUCACCAAGCCGAAAACAUCGUUAGGACGUGUUCGAAUUGUAUUUGUCGGUUUCAUUGUGCAGCUUGUUUUUUAUUAUUUGGUUUUCAUUAAUUUUCCAUCAGAUGCACCAGCAAACGAGACAAAUAAAGAAACAUAUUUUAAUUAUAAAUUAUUGAUAAGUCAGAUUCUGACUUUCGUUGGCUCGUUUCUGAUUGGUCUCGGCGAUUGUAGUUUCCAUACUCAACUAUUUAAUGUCUUAGCUAGUCAGUACAAAAACACGAGUGCGUCUGCUUUUGCUUUGUUUCAAUUAGUUCAAGGUGGAACAUCGGCUGUCGCUUAUGUUUAUGCAUCAAGUCUUGCUGUGGAAUACCAGUUACUAAUUUUAGUCAUUACUUUGCUGUUAAGCACAAUUGCUUUCUUUGUUGUUUUGUUUUCGAAUGCAAACAAUGAUUUGGAUGAAUCAUCUUCGUUAAUUAUAGGUUGA